AUGGAUCGCAAUCAACAGGCAACCACGACGACGUCUCUCAUGUUCCGAGAGGGAGAGACCAUCGCCGAGAUUCUCCAGGCCUACCAAAAGCUCGUAGCCAUCGCUACAGACCGCAUCACCAACAAGGCCUCCAUCGGCCAGGCCGCUCAUAAUAGCAUGGCCAUGCAGCUGGAGACCCAGAGGCUCGUAUGCUACCGCCAAAUUCACGUGCUCGUUUUGUAUCCAGCUGACCCCAGCCUGCAGAUCAAAGGUGUCGAGAACCUGCUCGCCCUGACCCGUCGGAUACGCGAGCUCUGGAUCAUCGGGCCCCUGCGAAAGCCAGAAGAAGACGGCCGCCAGCUGGAGGAGUCCAUCAAUACCGAUGUGCAGAUCGUCGCCGAUCUUCUGAACCAGCUGCGUUCACAUACCCGACAGCAGUACGUCAGUGCCGGCGGAGGCUACGGGCAGUAUGUCGUAGGGUCACUCGCUCAACCAAUACCGCCCGGAGCGGUGCCGAUGAGUGCAGCACCACCACCACCACCACCACCACCACCAAAGGGCAGCGGGACCUCCCAAGAAUGA